AAGAGGAAGCGGAGCACAUCACACCACAAAGUGUGCUGCUACUGACAGGACAAAACCUGCCGUCUUAUUCCCCUGGAUUUAACCCUACGCUGGGCAGGGAGAUUGCAUUAUGGAACCUAGGAAGGACAAGAUUACAUGUCCCCUGGUCUUUACUGUACUGAUAGCAGCCAUCGGCUCCCUGCAGUUUGGGUACAAUACAGGAGUGAUCAACGCCCCGGAAAAGAUCAUCAAAAAUUUCUAUAAUGAAACAUAUAUCCAUCGCUACGACAAACCAAUCCCUGAGAGCCUACAAACCUCACUAUGGUCCCUCUCUGUGGCCAUAUUCUCUGUGGGCGGAAUGUUCGGCUCCCUCUCCGUGGGAUACUUUGCAAACCGCUUUGGCAGGAGGAACGCAAUGUUGCUGGUCAAUGUGUUUGCCUUAGUGGGGGGAGCGCUCAUGGCUCUCUCUAAAUUAGCUCGGUCCAUGGAGAUGAUCAUUAUUGGAAGAUUCAUCAUUGGGAUAUUCUCCGGAUUCUGUACCGGUCUAGUGCCUAUGUAUAUCGGGGAGCUGUCGCCCACUGUGUACCGUGGAGCCCUGGGAACACUGCACCAGCUCGCCAUUGUGGUUGGAAUAUUGAUAGCGCAGAUUUUCGGCCUGGAAUUUAUUCUGGGUUCCGCGGUACUCUGGCCUCUCUUACUUGGAAUCACAGUUAUCUUGUCGGUCAUCCAGUGUGCCCUGCUGCCGUUUUGUCCGGAGAGCCCGCGUUAUCUGCUGAUUGUCAAGAAAGAGUACGAGAAAGCCGAGACCAUCCUACAGAGAUUACGCGGCACCCACGAUGUAGCCAGUGACAUUGAAGAGAUGAAAGAAGAAGGUCACCGGAUGGCCCAGGAGAAACCUGUGUCCUUUAUAGAAUUAUUCCGGUCCAGGCAGUAUCGGCAGCCGAUAAUCAUUGCGAUAGUUCUGCAGCUGUCACAGCAGUUGUCUGGCAUCAACGCGGUCUUCUAUUAUUCCACCAGCAUCUUCGAGGGUGCAGGAGUCGCUCAGCCGGUUUACGCCACCAUUGGUGCUGGAGUAGUGAACACCGUGUUUACUGUGGUAUCGCUUCUCAUUGUAGAACGCGCUGGGCGCCGGACGCUGCAUCUCACUGGUCUCGGUGGAAUGGCGGUGUUUGCUCUCAUAAUGACAAUUGCCCUUAGACUCAAGGAUCAUGCAAUUGGAUGGAGUUAUGUCAGCAUUGUUGCCACUUUUGGAUUUGUGGCUCUGUUUGAGAUUGGCCCCGGGCCUAUUCCCUGGUUCAUCGUGGCGGAGCUCUUCAGUCAAGGUCCCCGGCCAGCAGCCAUGGCAGUGUCUGGGUGCUCAAACUGGACAGCAAACUUCCUUGUGGGGAUGUUAUUUCCCUACGCAGCGGCUGGCUGUGGUCCGUAUGUUUUCCUCAUCUUCAUGGGUUUGCUGAUAUUGUUCUUCAUCUUCACUUUCUUAAAAGUCCCCGAGACAAAGGGCCGGACAUUUGAAGAAAUUGCUCAGGACUUCCAGAGAACGAAGGGGAUGGAACACAGUAGCAAGCGUAAUAGUGUGGAAUUAACUGGGGUCAAAGUGCCUGAGGGACCAAUGGAAUGAGGAGAACAGGGGUGACUGACACCUGUCUUACCUCUACUGAACACAUUCUAACACGUUUUCCUUAGACGAGCAGAGUCUCAGUGUUGUUGGUGAAUUUUGGAGCAGGUUGGAAGAGCAGAUGGCCUACUGAAGCAUUUGUGCAGAAGAUAAAAAGAAAAUAUGGUAGCUCUGCACGACUCAAGCGAUGGGAUUACUCUCUGGAGAGUCUAUUGGGUUAUUACAAGCUGACUCUGGGCAAGACAGCUGGGAAUAUUCAGUAUUCUUAUGACUUUUCAGAUCUCCAGAAUGCACUUUCCUCUUGCAAACCCACAUUAGGGCAGUUGCAACGUUGCUGUAUGAUGCCGCUGAAGCCUGAUUUACUACCUUGGGCUAAGGUAAGGUUCCUUAGGGAUAAUGCGAGGAUCGGUGUGGCUUCCCCACUGUUUAACCAUCCAGAGCAGUAUCAGUCAUCAUUGCAGCAGACCCAAGACAGAACUGUUCCUUGCUUUAACCGCCCAGUUCCCACUCCGAAAUGCCCCUUUCACGCAAAGUGAGAUCUGGAAAAGAUCCGUUAGGCUCCAAAUUGGCCCCAUAGUCUCAGACAAACCCUGUGAACAAUACUACAGCACGAACCAUCGCCAGGACGUGAUCCCCGCGGUUACCAUAAAAUCACUGUAUAAAACGUGUGGCAUUGCCCAAUAACGGAGAACUCCCGCCUUGUUCCUCGUCAGCACGCACCAACGAAUGAGUGAAGAGAGCGUAUGGAAUUCAACAGCCAACUGUAUUAUUAAAAUAUUUAUUCUAGGUGUAUUGUAAAAAUAUAUUUUUCUACAUUUUAUUUUCUAUUUUGCUGGCUUUAAAGAUCUCCCUCUUUUUUGGAGAAAUGUUACAAUAAGCACUUGCGCCCCUUGUCGGAAGCAUCGUGAUUUGAGAACGUGAAUCAUUGCCGUUGUUUUAGCCAAAUAAAUUGCAACAUAAAUAUAAUUUACAAGCAGACGCAAUAAAUAAGAACUCAAAUUUUCUCAUGAAAAGCGUUUCUCGACUUACUCGAAAAUACUUAUCUGUUACUUUGUACAGUAUCAAGGAAGGUACAGCAGUGACAGAGCUACAGCGUACAGCGCCAAUGGCGCGUUCAGUGUAUCGGUUAUGUUCAAAGGACACCAAAAAUAUUUUUUGAUUAAUGACAUCUGUUUUAUGAUUAAAAAUCAACUUGCCUCUAAGACAA